AUGUUGGCUAAGCAAGCAUGGCGCAUCCUCCACGGUGGUGAUUCUCUCUUGUGUCGUUCACUCAAAGCUCGAUAUUUUCCUAGAACCGAUGUCCUCCUAGCUAGCAAACCGCACAACCCAUCUUUUACACGGAAAAGUUUGUUAGUAGGUCGAGAUCUCUUAUUGGAAGGUAUUGCUUGGAAGGUCGGCAACGGGAGCAGAAUUCGCUUGGGGAUCGAUCGUUGGUUACCGAAUGGUUUUGGUAAUUAUCGUGCAGCGAGGGUGAAUGAUGGUUGGCAGGAUUCAACCUUAUCAGAAGUUAUGUUGGCUGAUGAUUAUGAGUGGGAUUGGGAGAAAUGGGCAAAUAUGGUACAGGAUGGGGAGUUAGCGUGUUUACCACAGUUCGUGCGCCCCAUGGCCAAUGACGACACCCCUUUUUGGCCAACCGGUAAGUUUAACACGUAUUCGGUGAAAUCUGGUUACUUAUUGGCAUGUGAUAUUGCAAAGCGGAAUGUGGCGUCCUCUUCCUCUUCCUCUUGUUCUCUGUGGCAUUGGAUAUGGGGUUUAGAAGUUAUACCCAAAGUUAAGCUGUUUAUGUGGCGUGGUCUUGCGGGGGCGAUUCCCACGGCCAUGGCACUAAGGGGAAGAUCGAUUGAAGUGGAUCCAAAAUGUAGAAGAUGUGGUGCCCAUGAGGAGAACCUUGAACAUGCUUUGAGGGAUUGUCAUUGGGCGGUUUUUUUAUGGGCUACUUCCCCCCUUCGACUGCCAACUCACGGCAAUGGAGAGGUGCUUCCUAUUUCAUGCUGGUUCGAGCGCAUUCGCAGCAAUCCAGAUCGAGAAACUCACAAUCUGUUCGCUACGGUGGCGUGGGUGGUGUGGUAUGGUAGGAACUUGCUACUGUUUCAAAACAAGGAGGUGACGCACCAGGACUGUUUCCUUAUUGCCAGGAGGGCGCUGUGCCCAAAGUUGCUAGUUCCUUUUCAAAGCUCAACAAUGGCGACAUCUGUGGAGUGCACCAGGGAUCUUCAAGUCAAAGUGUCAUGCGAUGCAGCGAUUGUGAAUGGAUCAGGAGCUGGUUUUGGGGCUGUUAUCUCUGAUAAGGACGACACUUUCCGGGGCUGCUGCUAUGAUUUUAUGACUGGAUCAGUUACAGCUGAGGAAGGUGAAGCUUUAGCUGGUCUUCGCGGUCUACAAAUGUGCGCGGACAGGGGAGUCCCCGAUGUGGUUCUCGAAACGGACAGCCGCCAACUGCUUUAUUGGCGCCUCAUCAACCAAGACAAGGACCCCUCAUAUAUUGGCGACAUAACGACAAAGAUCCUUUCUUUAGCUAACCAUUUCAGGCAUUGUGCGUUUAGUUGGACUCGACGAGAAGGAAAUGCCAUGGCGGAUAAGCUUGCUAAGUUUGCUGUUUCUUUUCAUGUUGCUAGCUUCACCUUUUUCUGA